AUGUACGUCGCGCUCCUCUUUUGGCUGUGGGCCGGCUGCGCGCUCGGCGCGCCGUUUGUCGCGGCGCUUGGCGCGGCGAGCUACUCGGCGGUCGUCGUGUUUGGCGAUUCGCUUGUGGAUAACGGCAACGGCACCUACCUCUUGUCGAACAAGACGUGGCCCGCGGAUCCUGCGUACUUUGACGGCCGCUUCAGCAAUGGCCCGACGUGGCCCGAGCAGCUCGCGGACCUCUUGAACAUCUCGCACGUCGACGACCUCGCGCACGGCAGCGCGACGACGAACAACAGCGUCGCCAAGGGCUACUCUGGUUACAACUCGACACUCCCGGUGCCGGAUGUGCGCACGCAGGUGUCGCACUACCUGAAGAAGGCGCACGGCGCGGACCCCAAUGCGCUGUACAUUGUCUCGGGCGGCUCGAACGACGCCUUUUUCGGCCUGACGCCGGGCCGUAACGCAACCGCGCUCGCGCACGACGCGGUGCACACGCUGCGUGCCGAGAGCGAGCGCCUGGUGCACCACGGCGCGCGCCAUCUGCUCAUCCCCACGCUGAGCGAGAUGCAGACCUCGCCCUGGGCACGCACCUAUGCGGACGCCGAGACGAAGAACAACACGAUCCUCUUUACCUCGGCGGUGAACCGUGCGCUGCGCGCGUGGGUACCGACGGUGCGCAGCGCGAACGCGACGCUCUUUGACGCGGACGCGCUUGAUACGGCCUGA